AAAGGCUAACGCCACGUGACAUGCUUUCCUGGUCAUGUGAUCACAGGCUACGUAUUCGUCUCUGCCGUCAACUUUUUCCCCCCGCAAUUCCCAAACAAACGAACAUGGCGGACUAUGAGGAGCGGCGGAGCCUGUUGGGAGAUGAGGCCGAGGGCUCGUUCAGCGGCAGACAGACAGCCAGGGGACCCGGCAGAUCCAUGCCGGCCAUCUGCGACCCCAACCACCUACUGCACCGAGUGGUUGUCCUGGUAUUCAUGUGCUUCUUGGGAUUCGGAAGCUACUUCUGUUAUGACAACCCGGCUGCACUUCAAACUCAAGUCAUCCAGGAUCUGAACCUGAACACAGCAAAGUUCAUGCAGCUGUAUGCCUGGUACUCUUGGCCCAACGUGUUUCUCUGCUUCUUUGGGGGAUUCCUGAUUGACAGGGUCUUUGGCAUCAGGCUGGGAACCAUCAUCUUUUCCUUGUUUGUCUGUGUUGGACAAGUAAUAUUUGCUACUGGAGCUUUGGUGAAUCGUUUCUGGCUGUGCAAUGUUGGACGUUUCGUGUUUGGUAUUGGAGGAGAGUCCUUGGCUGUAGCCCAGAACACAUAUGCAGUCAACUGGUUUAAAGGAAAGGAGCUAAAUCUGGUUUUUGGCCUUCAGCUGAGCAUGGCUCGAAUAGGCAGCACAGUAAACAUGAACAUCAUGGGCUGGGUGUACAGCAAAAUGGCGGACCUUGUCGGCUCUUCCGGACACACCGCACUGGGCGUAUCACUCAUGUUAGCUGCCUUAACCUGUCUGUUUUCACUGAUCUGUGCCUUGGUGUUGGCGUUCUUUGACAAAAGAGCAGAGAGGAUCCUCCAUAAGGAAGAGGGCAAAACAGGUGAAGUGAUCAAGCUGACAGACGUGAAGGACUUCCCCCUCUCCUUGUGGCUCAUCUUCAUCAUUUGUGUGGGCUACUAUGUCGCCAUUUUCCCCUUUAUUGGACUGGGACAGGUGUUCUUCAUUGAAAAAUUCAACUUCUCUCCAGCUGAAGCCAGAGCUGUCAACAGUAUUGUGUACAUCAUCUCAGCCCCUGCGUCUCCAGUUCUGGGCUUUCUGGUUGAUAAAACGGGGAGGAAUGUGGUUUGGGUGAUAAUAGCCGUGGUCACCACACUUGCCGCUCACAUGAUGCUGGCCUUCACCUUCUGGAACCCGUGGAUUGCCAUGUCCCUGUUGGGCGUCUCCUACUCCUUACUGGCCUGUGCACUGUGGCCCAUGGUGGCCUUUGUGGUACCUGAGCACCAGCUGGGGACCGCCUAUGGCUUCAUGCAGUCAAUCCAGAACCUGGGACUGGCUCUCAUUGCCAUGGCAGCAGGAGCCAUCCUGGACAACAGAGGAUACCUGGUCUUGGAAGUGUUUUUCUGCACCUGCGUCUGCUUUGCACUGAUGGCAGUGGUGACGCUGUACUUUGUGGAUUAUCUCAGAGGAGGAGAUUUGAACCGAUCAGCGGCAGACAGAGCCAGACUCCAGAAAGAAGCCACUUCAGAUGCAGAAUGAUGAUGAUGGUGGUAAUGAUGAGGAGGGAACACACAUAGUCCUGGGCUUCAGAGCCAGCAGGCUGCACUGUCCACCCCAAGAGCUGUCAGUCAACUGCCAUGGGGCGGGACUGCACUACUGACUUCGCCCAGUGCUGUCAUCUGUGGCUCUUCCCACCAGAACUGACUGUCUGGACCUGCCUAUUACAUAACCAUCCCUGUGUUAGUAAUGUAUUAUGUCCCUAUCAGGGACACGGGGCACACCUCUGUUUGGACUCUUUUCUCACUUCUCACACUGACUUCAUCCCUCUAAACUGACUCGUGUGUGUGUACGUGAGAGAAACUUCUGCGUGAAAUUUCGCAAGUUACAGAAGGAAGAGAAGAUUUUUGGAAAAUGUUUGAACCAUUUUAAAUGUUCAGCAAAAGUUGAGAUUCUUAUCCCUUUGAAAAGGUGCCUGUAUGAAAAAAAAAUAAUGCUUGAUUUUUAUUACGUGCUAAUGGAGCUCACACUAUAGGAUUCCUAUAUUAAUUCACUUGUUUUAUAUGUAUAUAGGGGUAACUUUGUGGGUCUUUUUUUAUGUUUAUUUUAUACAAAAUAUUUUCAGGAUGAUUUUGUUACUUGUCUCGCUGCAGUCGAUGCAGCAUUUCAUUGAUGCACACAUCAUUUGUCAGCGUUCACUACUGCCAACCAAAAUCUUCCUGACUGGACUCUACUUGGGCAGGACAAGUUCAUGUUAAUUUUAAUUAUAUGGGUCAUAGAACUUUUAUAGUGGAUAAUCUCUAGAAGUGCGUAGCUCUUCAUUGUUUAAAUCUUUAUUGGUCAAUUCUUUUAUUUCUUAAUUCCUUUAUCCGCUCUCCACUGGGUUUGGAAGUUUAUAAAAAUUAAUUUUCUGUUACCUAUUCAAAUGAUACAUUACUACAAUGAUUUUUUUUUAAAAAAAGACAGCUUUAUUGAUGUGACCUUUUAAAGAAUCAGUUCCACAUAUAAAUUUUAGGGCUGUUUUUUUUUUUUUUUUAGACUGUUUUGUCAAGCUCAGGUAAUUAACUUGUAAGCACUGCUAAAAACAAAAAAAACUGUUGCUUGCUUCAUUUGAAUGUGGGAGACAAAGUAUUCGUGCUGUCUGUUUCACUCACGCGAAGAGAUUUGCCUCCCUGCGUUGUCGUCAUUGCAGACUGUGGAUGAUUAAUGUUCACUACCUCAGUUGGGCAAACAACUUAUCAAAAAUGUUAAGAGUAACUCAGCGUUUUGUUUUCUUCUUUCCUCUGGGGUUUUAAACUUCACACUCCUACCGUGUCACAUACAACAGCCUGGUCUGUGGCCCUACACUUCUGAUUAUGACCUUGUAUUUACUCUUCCAGCGUCUUUUCCCGAGGCACCCCUUUAGUUCGAAUCCCAAGUUGACUCGAACCCUGGUCGAGUCCCAAGUUGACUUGUUUUUAAUUGUCUACUAGCUGCUGUAUGUGGCAGAUUGGGAGUGACAACAUGUUGGUCAGUACACGAACUGAAAUGACAGUUUGUUUUUGAAAACACUGUUUUUCAGUCCAGUGUUAAGUUACUUUUUAAGGCCGUAGCCCCAACACAUGAAGAGGACAGUAGAAUUGAAGUUUACGUGUUGUGAUUUGCACAUUAAAAUGACCACUGUGUCAUACAGACAGGAACAUGCAGCUCUCCUUACCCGGCGCUCAUUUGCACCAUGGUGUUGUGACAGCAGUGCAUCUUAAGCGAGUGUAAACUGUGUACUAAUGAACUGUAUAACUGAGAAAUUGCAGAAGAUCGAAAGUACAAUCAAAGAUGAUGGACUUUGGGAGGAAAGUCGCUUAAAAUAAUCUCUUCUUGUAGAACCAAAUCAGCAUUUGAUAUGGGAUUGUUCAUGGAGCAACAAUGAAUUAAACACAUUUUUGUUUAAAAGCA